AAUGGAAAUUAUACAAAAAGAGAAGCGGGUCAUGAACAUUCCAUUCGGUUCUGCUUCCCGCUCCCUUGCAGACCUCACGUGGCUGUGACCGGAACCGCGCGUCGCCCUCGGCCGCCUCCGUGCGCUCCGGCAUCCGCAUGCGGACGCAGCGAGCCGCAUGGGUUGCUUCCUCGGGAAGUUUACCGUCGGAGACGUUUCCCAUCCCGCCGCCGCAACCGCCGCCGCCGAGACCCCCGCCGCCAGCAGAGCCACCGCGGAGAAGAACCCCGAUUCCCUUGUGACCCAUCUGCCUGUGGAUCCGACGCCUCCCCCUCCACGCCGACUCUUCGUGUCGUAUUCUCCUGGUGACUCUCCCGCGUGGCCUGCCUGGCUCUCCGCCGCCGCCGGCGACGCCCUCGACGGCUGGCCGCCUCGCCGCGCCGACUCUUUCCAAAAGAUUGAGAAGAUUGGGUCGGGCACAUACAGCAACGUGUACAAGGCGAGGGACCUGGUGACGGGGCGGGUGGUGGCGCUGAAGAAGGUGCGGGUGGAGAGCGUGGACUCGGCGGAGAGCGUGGGGUUCAUGGUGCGGGAGAUCGUGUUGCUUCGCCGCCUCGACCAUCCCAAUGUCAUCCGGCUCGAGGGCCUCGCUGUGUCGCGAGUCCCCACCUCGCCCUCUCUCUACCUCAUCUUCGACUACAUGGAGCACGACCUCGCCGGUCUCACCGCUCUCCCCGGCUUCAGCUUCAGUGAGUCCCAGGUCAAAUUCUAUAUGGAGCAACUAUUCUCUGGGCUUGAGCAUUGUCAUAGCCGAGGUGUCUUGCACCGUGAUCUGAAAUGUUCAAAUUUGUUACUUACCAAAGAAGGAAUUCUUAAGAUUGCGGAUUUUGGACUAGCCAUUUCUUAUGAUCAUAACAAUGUAAAGCCAAUGACAAACAGAGUUGUAACCUUGUGGUACCGGCCUCCAGAGUUGCUUCUAGGUGCAACUCAUUAUGGUUUUGGUGUAGACCUGUGGAGUGCUGGUUGCAUUUUGGCAGAGCUUCUUACUGGGAAACCAAUACUCCCUGCAAGAACUGAGGUGGAGCAAUUGCACCGCAUCUUUAAGUUAUGUGGAACCCCAUCAGAAGGCUAUUUUGAGAGACUAAACUUGCAGCAGAAAUCUUCUUUUAGAUCUUAUGAGCGUUGUUUAUGGGAAACAUUUUCAGAUCUUUCACCUUCUGCAGUGGCUCUUCUUGACAAGCUUCUUUCACUUGAUCCGCUUGAGAGAGGAACUGCAACUUCUGUCCUCCACAGUGAUUUCUUCAAAACAAAACCCUAUGCAUGUGGUCCAUCUAGUUUACAACAGUAUCCCCCAAGCAAAGAAAUGGAUAUGCAUCAGAGGAAAAGCAGACAUAAAAGGCAACAAAAUAUCAAUACAAAAGAUGGUAAAUCCAAAUACAGAAUCCAAUUGCAUGAUAAAAAAUACCGAGGACCAGGAGCUCCAAUAGCCAUUGCUAAGGUGCAAGCAGAACUUGAUCGUCUGAGAUGGAUGGCUAGUGCAAGUGCCAUAAAAAUAACUGAAAAAUUCCCACCGCCUCAUCUUGAUGGAGCAAUUGGAAUCACCAUGGACUCGUCGUACGAUGAAUCUUUUGUCAGUAUGGAUGAAUCAUUCACAUCAGCAAGGGUGGCACCAUCGAAAAAUGCUGGUAGUAUGCAUAUAACUUCAGCAGACCGAGCAAGUUCUUUGAGAAAGAUGAAUGGAAGCAGAAAAAACCAUAAGAUGGCUCCUCCUGGAUUUCUCCUUGGAGCGUUUACUCCAUAUCUAUUGAGCAAUUUCAGAAAACGCACCUGAGUACACACAGGCAGGAGGGAAUCAACUAUUGCUCACUGCAAUGUGAAUCAAUCCAGUUUUCAUUUAUAAUACAAGGUAGCUGAGGGUUGCUUCAAGUUAGGACAUGUAAAAUUCUGCAGUUCACCUCCUCACCUACAUCAUAUUCAAGUUUACGACUCAUAUACAAAAUAUAGCAUGGCACAUACUGCAGUCUUGCUAAGAUGGGCGCCAUGAUGUACAGUUUUUUUUUAUUCAUAGAACAUGAUUGUUACAGAUAUUACAUUUUCAUUAUAUAGAAUAAAAAUAUAAUUCUUCUUCCUUGUGACAA